CAAUUUCACAAUAAAUAGAUAAAAGUGUGAAGGAGCAAAACUACAACUUAUUAAACCCGACCACAAUCAUUUCUUCUUUCUUCAACCAACAACAAUGGCGGAGCUCAGCUUCUUCGUCGGCGUAAUAGGAAACAUUAUCUCCCUCCUCAUGUUCCUUUCUCCGGCGGGAACAUUCCGGCGGAUUAUAAGGAAUAAAUCGACGGAAGAGUUCGAGAGCUUUCCGUACGUAUGUACAUGGCUGAACUCCUCUCUCUGGACUUACUAUGGGAUUAUCAAGCCUGGCGCCUACCUCGUCGCUACUAUUAAUUCCUUCGGCGUCGUUGUGCAGUCGUUUUUUCUCGGCGUUUUCCUGAUCUACGCACCUUCGGUAAUGAAGGCGAAAACAGGGAUUCUGGUAGGGAUUUUGGAUAUCGGAAUGUUGACGGCGGCGAUUGUGGUGAGUGAAUUGGUAUUGGAAGGGGAAAAGCGUAUUGAAGCUCUAGGGUUUGUUUGUGCGGGUUUGAAUAUCAUGAUGUACGCUUCACCGCUCUCCAUCAUGAAAACGGUGAUAAAGAGCAAGAGUGUAGAAUACAUGCCUUUCAUGCUCUCACUUUUCUUUUUUUUUAAUGGUGGAAUUUGGACUUUCUACGCUUUUCUCGUGCAUGAUUGGUUUCUUGCGGUACCAAAUGGAAUGGGUUUACUUUUGGGAUUGACACAGCUUUUGCUAUAUGCAAUUUACAGAAAUGCCAGAAAGCCAUUGUUGCCAUUAAACACUUCCAUAAUCACUUCACAACAACAACAACUUGAUUCCCAAACCCAACCCCUCAUUUCUUCUUCACAUCCACAACCUCAAUCCUAAUUAAUUUUGUUUCAUUAUAUCUUAUACGAAGCAAUUUUAUGUCUUUUAAUUUUAUAUUCUUUUUAUCA